AUGCUGAAAAUUCCAAGUCUCCAUCUUGUUAUUAUCGCAAGCUAUUCGAAAAAAAAUCGAGUGCCUUGGACUCUGACGCGGACACCACUACGUUCAACUUCAAUUGAUAUUGAUUCGAAUGCUAAAUGGAUACAAAAUGGUCUCACUGUAGCUGGAGGAAAUGGACAAGGCAGUGGAGCCAAUCAACUCUAUCAACCAUUCGCUUUGUAUGUCGAUGAUGAUGAAACAACUUAUGUCGUGGAUUGUUCGAAUCAUCGUAUUGUAGAAUGGAAAUGUGAUGCAACGACUGGCCAAGUAGUUGCUGGUGGAAAAGGAAGUGGAAAUGGAGCUGAUCAGUGUAAUUCCCCAACAGAUGUGAUUGUCGACAAAACAAGAGAUAGUUUCAUCAUUUCCGAUUACGGAAAUAAAAGAGUAGUUCGAUGGCCUCGUCAAAAUGGUACUAGUGGAGAAACUAUCAUCUCAAACAUCUCUUGCCAUGGUUUGACAAUGGAUGAGAAUGGAUCUCUCUAUAUCGUUGAUCAAGAAAACCAUGAAGUGAGACGAUAUCGAAUUGGUGACACUGAAGGAACAGUAGUUGCAGGUGGAAAUGGACAAGGAAGUCGUUCCGAUCAACUCUUUAAGCCUUGGUACGUGUUUGUCGAUCGAGAUCAUUCAGUGUACGUAUCUGAUUCGGCAAAUCAUCGUGUAAUGAAAUGGGAAGAAGGUGCAAAACAAGGCGUUGUUGUAGCUGGUGGUCAAGGACAAGGAAAUAGUGUUGCACAGUUGUCGAUACCUGAAGGUGUCGUUGUUGAUCAAUCGGGCAAUGUCUAUGUGGCUGAUUGUCAUAAUCAUCGGAUCAUGCGUUGGUCAAAAGGAGCUACACAGGGCAGUGUCAUUGUUGGUGGAAACGGUACAGGAGGGCAGUCGAAUCAAUUGUAUUAUCCCAAUGGUUUAUCAUUCGAUCGACAUGGCAAUCUCUAUGUUGUGGAUCAGAACAAUAAUCGAGUGCAAAAAUUUAAUAUCGAUUCAAAUUCAUAG